CCCGCACUUAAGGCCCGGAAGCGAAAGCUGCUCCGCCUCUUCCGAGCCAGGUCGCGACCUUGAGGCCGGGAUCGGGUUUCCGAGCGGGUCGGGCCUCCCGGGGCCCUGAAGCCCUCUCUCUCGCCAUGGCUGUGGCCCGGAACCUUCGCACCGUGCUCAUAUUUGGCGGCUUCAUCUCCAUGGUCGGCGCCGCCUUCUACCCCAUCUACUUCCGGCCCCUUAUGAGGCUGGAGGAAUACCAGAAGGAGCAGGCCAUAAAUCGAGCUGGUAUCGUCCAGGAAGAGGUGCAGCCACCAGGGUUGAAAGUGUGGUCCGAUCCUUUUGGCAGGAAAUGAGGCUGUCUGUGAGUCUGAUGAGGAAAGUGGACAUCUUCAUCCUGUGCACUCUGCAGUGAAGACAGUCGAUGGCUGGCUGUGGCAGCAUGGCUGGAGAGGGAACGCUCAUGCUGCCAGCCAGAACCCUUGUGAUAGAGACUGUGUGCAAAGACAGUGCUUCCUUAAGUCCCUGGAGAACCUGAACAGAGGACACCAUUAAAGUGCCUUGUGGCUCCGGUGACUUAGCAGGAGCAGAGCCAGCCUGCAGGGCUGUUUGUGGAAGACUUCCCAUGCAGUCUUUAUUACUUCCAAGCUGUGAAGUGAACACAGGCAACCUGUGGGCUCAAGGGCCACGGCUGCCUUGCCACCUUCUGAAUACGCGGCUUCAGUGCAAACGGCCAUGCCAAGCUGCCUGACGGGGCUCUUGAGAAUGUCCCAGUUGAUAAAGCCGUUCGAGGACAGGAUCCUUGGUGUUGUUUAAGAAUACACUGCUCAGAUUAACUAUCUCAUUGAAAGUCUCUGUGUUGGGAAGUUAAUAGACAAUAAACAAGUCACACACAGUAGAAUCAUGGGUGAGCCUGCCUCCAGUGAGGCUGUGGGUAUUAAAAUAGUCUCUUAGUUUG